AUGAUUGGGGAAAAUGCGAAUCAAAGUGGUCGAACGCCACAGCCUUUCGCCGCCGGAGAUGGGUUGAGAAAUUGUAGGAAACCAAAUACAACAAUGUUCCCAGCACGAUUUCUGCAGCCAAUUAGAGUUUCUCUUGCCGCCUCAAUCGCAUUUCCUCAUUCGCGCCUCUCGUUCUAUUCGACUGUCCCUCAUUACGGGAAAUUUGAAUACUUGAACACAUGGAUGAAAUUGAAAGGCCUCAGACCUCAAGUGCAUUACUACUCACACAAUUCUAAUUGGAAUUUGUGUAGUUUUCGAACGUAUUGUCAAUACUAUCGUAGUUUCCCAAACAAAGGAUACACAUAUAAUAUAGCUAAUGUGGUUGCCCUAUGUGCUGCAUUUGGAUCAAUUAGCCUUUGGCCGCGUGCUGCAUAUUCUCUGGAUGAUUUUCUUAUGUUGGAGGAUAAUCAUCAAUCAGGAUUGUUGGGUGGCUCAUACUCCAAAGAAAAUGUUCGAUCAGUCCUGAAUAUCAUACGUAAAUUGCUAGUGCCUGUAUUCCUCUUCUUAACCGUGUGGCUGAAUUGGGGUCAACCUAUUAACAUUGCGAUCAAAGUUAUACUCAUUAUUCUUAGCACAAAACCUGUUCCUUCCUCAGUUCAUAUCUUCGUUGAACAGGUUUGCCCUUUCCGAAUUAAUUGCUUGUCUGGAGUUCUUCAUAUUAGUAUGGCUCACAACUAAUUAUUGAAAAUUGGCAUCUAGCUUAUACGAAUUAACAUCAAAACUUUCACGUUCAGUCGGUAGAUGUGGCUGAGUUUACCCGAAAAGAAUUUGGAUGAAUGUCUGAUGUGUGUGCACUUAGGUUUCCUGCUUCGACUGCAAUAGUUAUCAGCACCGAUACAGCUUUAUGAAUCAUCCUCGAUGUGGGCAUAUUUGAGAUUUGUGUGAUCAAAUAAAUAUUUAACCAUGUGUUUAACUGCUAGCCGAUCUAGCAAAAAGAGUAGAUGGCUGGCCACAUUUUUUCCUAUUAAGUUUGAUAUCAACUGCAGCCUUCACAUAGGUGACAAAUUCACAUAAUUGCAUGUUUGAAUUCUACAUGGCAAACAUGCAUCCAAUGUUUCAGAACAAACAACAAAAAGAAAAAGGAGAAGUAAAAAAGAGAAUUUCUACUACCUUGCUUAUUAUUUCACAUUUUGCCAAAAGAUUUAAUGUGGAAGUGAAUUUGGUUAUAAGACAUUUAUAUUGGUUUGAACAUGUAUUUGUACAACGGAGGUUUCACAAACUGUGUUUCUUGAUUAAGCCAUGAACUUCAUUUGAGUCGAAUCUUCAAUUAAUGAAUCCAUUUGAUCUCAAAACAUAAUUUUAUU